GGGAAAGCAACUGACUCAAGAGAAAUACGCAAUUGAACUCCCGACUUGCGGGGAAAUCAAAUGCCUGUGUUUAAAAACUUUGGAAAAAAUGGUGAGCGCAGACUCUAUCAAAUGACACCUACCAGCGACGAUGGUCAGCCAUUGAAGGCUGGCAAGCGUACACGAUCAGCAAAAGCCUGUACAGCAUGUCGUCAAAUGAAGCUGAAAUGUGAUGCUAUGGAUCGAUUUCCGUCACCUUGCUCCCGAUGUACGAAGAACAGCCACUUUUGUGAGAUUGACCGCAAUUUUCAAAGAGAAAGGAAGCGACGCUCUGAACCUGUACAGAUUCCACAACAGAAUCAAGCAAACACUAUGCAAACCAUGUUGACGCCUCAAAGUCAAGUUGAUUCCAUCAAUAAUGUCGCUAAUAAUAAUGAAAACCUUACCGAGGGUCGCAGCACGAGCCCUCCAUUGAUAGCGGUGUUACAGUCAGCAAAUGACCUGCAACCGAAAGAUGAAGCUCUCCUCGGUACUAUUAUUCCAGGACAUCGCAUUCGACUGAUGUUUGACAUGUUCAUCAAUCUCUAUCACAGACACCUUCCUAUUUUACCUUUGGAAUAUAUCAGUCCGGUCAAAUUAUCUGACGAAUCACCUCUGCUGUUUUGGUCCAUCUGCUCAGUGACCGUCGCCACUACUUGCCCAGACCUAACAGAUGUGAUACACGAGCAUGUUAGGGAUUUGAUUAGCAAGUCAUACCUGACCCAUUAUAUCUUCAAGCCAUUUACAGCUCUAUCGAAUGUCUGCGCUAUGGUGUUUUUAUGUUAUUGGCCACUAACUCACCGAACGAUACAAGAAGAUGCCUCAUGGACGUAUUGUGGGUUGGCUACGCAUAUGGCUCUCCAAAUAGGCUUGCAUCGAUUUACAUAUACUGAGGAAUACGCCAUUGCAAGCGAAACACGAGCGACACAAAAAAUGAAGCUGCUAACAUGGCUUGGAUGCUUCUUGGUCAACCAACUCAAUGCUGAUUUCCAUGGAGUACCAAGCACAGCCACGUUAGAUUAUACCUAUAUUCCCGACCUUACACAGUACUCUGAACAGGAUGCCAAUGUCGCCGAUUUCAUUAAAAGAGUCAAAAUUCUACAUGCCCUUAAGAAAGGCAUUGAUGUUCUUGGUACUCCUGAUGGCACUAUGAACCCCUCAGCGAAAGCUCUUCUUCAUAGGUCUGUGGAAGACACGUUUUCACAGCUUUUGAAUGAAAUCACACCGUUAUCCGAAAUUGCAGAACUCACCUAUCUACAUGCGAAACUACAACUUCACUCCUUUUUGCUCACUCCAGACGUACCGGAGUCAGACCAGAAAGACGCGAUCAUCCCCACGUACCUCGUUUGCAUGCAGCAUAUUCAAGUCAUUCGAAGUUUACUUGACAAGGAUCCUGAUUGUCAAUAUUGGCCAUUUUUCAUUGUCACCAAUUUACUGAUUGCCAGUACCGUGCUCUUCAAACUGACGAUAUCGCCUUACAAAGGCAUGAUCGAUGUCGAUGUGGCCAGGAACAACAUAUCUGAUUCAUUCACGCUGCUGAAAAGAUUGUCCACUUAUAAAGGAGAUAUGGCGUCAAGAUCACAAAUAUUUGUUGAGGGCAUCAAAAGCAUGUAUGUUGAAAAAGCUAUCUCUCCCCAAAUUUGCCCGGUCAAAACCAGGCUUGGAGCGGGUAUUUUCACCAGCACGCUUCUAGAGUAUAAAAAAUGGCAACGGGCAAAGACUCUGAAACAGCAGGAAGAAGAUAUGGCUCGAAAUGGAAUCAAUUUGAUGAACGAUACAGCACCCACCAAGGAUUUAAUUGGUCCAUUCUUUGAUGUUAUGACCUUUGACGAUUUCUGGAACUGGGACGUUUGGCCGGACACAAUGAAAAAUAUGUAAUCGAGCGGAGAUCUGUUGCUUAUCAUGUUCUUUAUUCUUAAUAUGGCAUAUGCCGAAAAUUUCGCAUCCAUUGCCGAUACCUUAAGGUGGGAAAUGAUUUU